AUGACCGAUUCUGGAAUGUUAACUGUAAAAACGCCAACGGAAAUGCAUGAUGAUUUAGAAAAUUUAGGAAUGAGCUUUGAAUAUGGUUGUGUACGUGAAAACAAUCCCGUCAGUUGUCAUUCAUGGGCUGUUUGGUGUCAAAAUUAUAAAAAGAUGCUUCACAGAACUGUGGAUAUCUUUAGAGAGAAUUGUUUCAAGCGUCAUUAUGCAGAUAGUUGUUUUCAACUUGGCUCUAUGAAGGUGAUUGGUGAUACUGGUGUCCUACGUGAUCCAUUGGAAGCAUAUCAAGCAUUUGAACAUGGUUGUAAGGCAGGGAAACAAGGAAAAUGUUGUCAGGCUGCUGGUCGUCUUGUCGCUGAGGGGAUCGCUAGUCAUACACCAGAUUUGUCGACAGCACUCCCAUUGUUCAGAUUAGGCUGUCAGUACAAUCUACCCGAGAGUUGUUUCCACCUUGGUGGUGCAGCGAUGGUGUUAGCUAAACAAGCUAAACAAGUACAAAAGCCGACGAUUGCUGAUACACUGAAUUCUGAUAAAUCGGUUAGCAGUGGCAAUAGUCACCAGGAUCACCAGCAACAACAACAACAACUGCUCAGUGAAGCCUUUAAAGCCUGGAUGGAUGGUUGUCGGUUAGGUCAUGAAUUAUCCUGUCGUAAUAUUGCUAAAAUGUAUACAAAUGGGGAUGGUGGAGUUGAAGUCGACAAGGUGAAAGCAGAUGAAUACUUAGCGAAAGCUGAAGAGCUGGCGAAAAAAAGUACAAAAACCUAA